AUGAGUUGCUGCAGCAGCACCUGCAGUUUGUGCAGGAAGCAGCAGCAGCACGCGCAGCAGCAGCAAGUGCAGCAGCAGCUGCAGCAGCAGAAAGCUACGCACUUGAAACAAAAAGAUUUAUUUAUUAAUAAUUACUUUUUAAAACAAUGCGCCUCACUGGGCCCUUGCAUGCGCGCAGGCGACAGCAGAAUACGCAGCAGCAGCAGCAGCAGCAGCAGCAGCAGCAGCAGCAGCAGCAGCUUCGUAGACGCAGCAGUGCUGCUGGCCUCCAUCUGCGCUGACACUGCAGAGCUGCGGGCCCAGCUGGCGCCUCCUCGAGGCUGGAGCUUUCAAGCUGCAGCAGCAGCAGCAGCAGCAGCAGAAGCAGCAGCAGCAGCAGAAGCAGCAGCAGCAGCAGAAGCAGCAGCAGCAGCAGCAGCAACAGCAGAGACAGCGUCUACUGCUGCUGCUGCUGCAGCAGACGGCUGUGGCGAAGGCUCAGCAGCGCCGCCAAUUCUGCAGGUGAUUAAUUUUUUGGUUUUUUUUAAUUUUUUAUUUUUUUAUUUUUUUUUAUUUCUUUUUUAUUUCUUUUCAUUUCUUUUUAUUUUAUUUUUAUUUUGUUUUCAUUUACUUUUAUUUACUUAUUUUUAUUUCUUUUUUAUUUCUUUUUCAUUUCUUUUUAUCUAUUUCUAUUUCUUUCCGUUUAUUUCAGUCCCUUUUAUCCUCCUCUAUGUCUUUUUUUCCUUUUAUUCAUUUCAAUCUCUUUUAUACUUUUUAUUCGUUUAA